CUUGAUUUUGUUCAUCGUAAUGGCAUUCUUGAUUUCUAGUUUUGAUUCCGAUAUCCCUUUAGGCUGCCGGUUCUUUCCCACCGAUUCCGAUAUCCCUUUAGGCUGCCGGUUCUUUCCCACCGAUUCCGAACUCAUUUUCCAUCUAUGGAGUAUGAUUCAUGAGAAAGAUUAUCAUCAUCAGCAUCCUUCGAUUACUGUCUACGACAUUUACAAGCAGGAACCAUGGCUUCUUCCCUGGGAUCCGGCCAGCAAUACAUACUUUCAUGGAAACGAGCGUUAUUUCUUUGUCCAGAGGAAACCGCUUUCUGGAAAGGAUGACGGAACAAGGCCCAAACGGACUAUUGAUUCCGGUCAAGGGUGGUGGCACGCCAACACGGAAGAUAAGCCUAUUAUGGACGAGGGAGGUGGAGUUGUUGGGUACGUGAAGUCUUUAACUUUCUUUGUGAAAGGUGAAAACAAGCAGAAACAGGGGAAGGGGAAUCGGAAACAAGAAGGCACCAAGACGGAUUGGAUCAUGCAUGAGUACGUGUUGGAUCGAAAGAACGUCAAAGAAUGGGUUCUUUGUAGGAUUCGGUACAAUGGCAAGGAACCUUUAUUCAUGCCACCGGUUGCAUCGACUUCGAUUUCGUUUGAUCGGCUGCCAUCACAGUCGCAGUUGUUCUGCGGAGGACCUGUUCCGCAGAUACCGCCAUUAAAAAGACAGAAGACUGGUGUAGCCGAUGAAAGAUCAUUUCAAGAACCACAUGAUGUCCUCAUUUUGUGCAACAACGAAAAUCUUCAAGAAACAGAGCAGAUUAAUCGUACUGAAUCAGAAUGGUCAGAUGUAUGUGGUGGAGUUCAAGAACAACUUCAACAGCCACUACUGGUGCAGCCAUUGGAAGAAUUUGGUCAACCUUAUGCUGAAGAAUUAGAUACUACGUUGGAGAUUGAACCAGAGACAGAGGUACAACCGCGAACGCUGCAGCAGCUCUUAGAUGAAUAUGAAAAACAUUUUGCUGAGGAAUUAGAUGGUAUGUUUGAGAUGAAUUCAUGGCAAGAACCACAGCACCAAACCUUCCAGCAGCAGCAGCCCUUGGAAGAAUAUGAUAAACACACCAUGUCAGAGGCGCCAGAGGCACAGCAGAAGCAGCCACAGGAGCAACAAGCACAGGAGGGUAAUUGGCAGGGUAGGAUAGAAGACUUCUCCCUGAAUUCAGAGCAGACAUCACAGCAGAAAACGUUGCAGCAGCAACAGCAGCAGCUCGUAGAAGAAUGUGAUAUACUUACCAUGUCGGAGCCAGCAGCACAGCUGAAGCCGCCAGGAAAGUCACUUGCAGAGGAGACUAAUUGGCAGGGUUGGAUAGACGAGUUUUGGUGGUAUCUUGAUUGGACCGGCUUCCAUCCAGGAAAGUCACUUGCAGAGGAGGCUAAUUGGCAGGAUCGGAUACACGAGCUUUGGUGAAAUCUUGAUUGGACCGGCUUCCAUUGAAUGGCAGAGAAUUAUCACUAGAGAUCCCAGCUUUUCUGGAGGAAGAAUUUGGAGCAACUUUUAUGGAUGUAGGACUUUUAGAAUAAAUUGUACAGGAGUUC